AUGGAUUUUACAACGUCCGAGAACCUCGAGGCUGGCAUACAUCGACUUGCAAACAGUGAUUAUACUCACAUAUGCGAUUGUGAUGCCUGCCUUUGGAAGAACAAAGGCAAGCCCAAGCACCACAAACCCAAAAGAGUCGCUAGACUUUUCCCCCCACCACUUCCCACAAAAGCUACAACUCCUGUACCAGUACCCUCGUCUAGCAAGCACCACCUGGAAGUACCAGAUCAUCGGGAACAGCCACCCACAUCAAAACACAAGCCUAACUUACUGGAUGACACACUGGCAGAUCCUUCCGAAGGUAUUGAGCCAGAUGGUGCCUUUGAUGAUUGGAUUAUUGCCAUUGAUGGUGCAGAAGAUGGCCUUGACACACUCAAGGCAGAUUUCGAUCACCUUGAUGGCACCAAUUUUGGUGAUAUGGGACCUGAGGACAGGGAGGAGGAAGAGGAAGCUCAGGUUGAGGAAGAGGAAGCUCAGGUCGAGGACAUUAUGCCUGAAAAUUUUGAUCAAGACAUGCCCCAAGAUGACGUUGAUCCUGAGGGUGCAGGCCCUGACUUGGGCACCAUGGGCUGGACAGAUGAGGACUUAGCUGAGUUACAGUGGUUGUCACAUCUUGAAGAUGCACAGGAUGCCAUGUUUUUCAUCACCGCUCUUCGAAAAGCCUCUCUUGAUGAUGCUCACUCAUGGCUACCUACAGAUGCACUAGACAGACUCCGAAAUCCCCCUUGUGAACUUCCUGAUACAUCAGAUCCUAAUCUCAUCCUAUCCCUAAAGUAUUAUUUUGCCAAUACAACAGUCCAUGCUUACAAUCUUAUUCGCGAGGCUACAAUUGAAUGA